AUGGAUGCGUUUAAUCCGAUUGACGUAAACCCGUUCGAUAGUUGGGGACCGUUUUUGGUUGAAACCGGAUACACAUAUUUCCCAGCAAGUCCAAUGUUUUCACCUUUUGAGAUGAUUCAACCAUUUGAAGUAUUCGAUGAAUAUUAUGUCAAUGAUGUGACAUACAAUACAACACCACCUCUUCCUCUCGGGGUCGAGCCACUUGGAGCCAUCAUGCCAUUCACUCCAUCCGAUGAAUAUGUCAUGAAUGAUGAUGCCACCCUCAGCGCAACGCCACCUCUUCCUCUCGUGGUUGAACCACUUCAAGCCAUCGUGCCAUCCACUGCAUCCGAUGAAUCUGUGAUGAAUGAUGUUGAAAACAACAUGAGAACAACACCUCUCCCUUUGGUGGUGGAGCCACUUGGAGCCAUUCAACCAUUUACAAUAUCCGAGGAAGACUUCAAUGAUGAAACCAGCAACUCAGCUACACCUCCUAUUCCUCUGGACUCACAUACGGGAGCUAUUAUACUAUAUGUUGGCUCCAACAACAACUCUUACGUUCCUGCUGUUAAUGCUAAUCCUAGUCCUGUUCAAGAGAUCAAAAGAAGACGGGGCCGACCAAAAGGCUCAAAGAAUAAAAGAAAACCUCAUGUUCCUCCAUUGGAAGCUCAAGUUGGAGAAAUGGUAUCAUAUAUUGGUUCCAACGCCAACACUCCGGUUGCUGCUAAUGCUGAUGCUGAUCCUACUACUGUUCCGGUGCUCGAAAAAAAACGUGGCCGACCAAAGGGUUCGCCAAACCCAAAGACCAGCAACAAGAAGCCGAAAACUGAUGAUCCCGCCAGGAGAUUCGUUAAAUCAUGUCCGAAUUUAAACUCGGAGAUAACUGACGCGGAGAGAGCAAACGGAAACAAGGAGCUUGUCGAUUCGGUCUUAAUGCGGUUCGAUGCGGUUAGACGUCGGUCCAGCCAACUAGGGGACGUGAAAUGCUCGGCCCUCAAUGCAUACACUAUUUGCAACAGGUUAGGAGUUAGGACCAAUAAGAAGAGAAGAAUCGGUCCGGUCCCUGGAGUAGAAGUAGGGGACAUAUUCUACGGCUGGGGAGAGAUGAAUUUGGUCGGGCUUCACUUAGCGACGGUUGCGGGGAUCGACUAUCUAACCAAGAAAGACGCUGCACCAGAAGGUGGUGUAGCUACAAGCGUAGUAAGCUCAGGUCGUUACGAUGAUGAAACAGAGGACGUUAAUUGCUUGGUGUACACCGGACACGGUGGAGCGGAUAAGAAAGGUGUUCCUAAUUGCGAUCAGAAGCUCGAAAGAGGAAACCUUGCGAUGAAAACAAGUCAUGAAAAAGGUAAUGAUGUAAGGGUUAUCAGAGGCGUUCCAGAUCCACGCAACCCGGGGAAAAAGAUCUUCAUUUACGAUGGUCUAUACAAGGUUGUUGGAUUUGAUAAAGUGAAGAAUCACCAUGGUUUUGCUCAGUUCAAGUUCACACUUCUGAGAAAACAAACGAUUUGA